AUGGACGAAACUUCAUCUGACUCUUUUCAGUCUUCACACGAGUCUGCUUCCUAUUCAUCUUACUCUUCACACGAGUCUGCUUCCCAUUCUCAGUCUUCACACGAGUCUGCUUCUCAGUCUUCCGACGAGUAUGUUUCCUCUUCAUCAGAUGGUCUGGAAUUUGAACCAAAGAAUGCAUUGCCAACAUCUGAUAGAAAAAAUGUUAAGCGGAAAUUGUCGAGUUCCUCAUCGGAAAGCGAUGGAGGAGGGUCAAGUAGAAGACUGAACAAAGUGGAAGAUGCAGACGGCGAUGAUGAUGGCCCUGUGAGAUACCGCAGAGGGAAACAGGUAAAGAUAGAAGAAUCUUUGUGUGUGUGUGGUAUUUGCAUGGAUGCCAUACCUGAUGAAAAGAAGUUCAGGAUCCAAAACUGUUCUCACAUCUUUUGCAAUGGCUGCAUCACAAGACAUGUUGCUGCAAAGAUUGAGGAGAAUAGAUCAGUGGUGCAAUGCCCAAACCCUAAUUGCAAGGAGGGUAUAGAGCUUGAGCAUUGUGGUUCGAUUAUCCCUAAAGAAGUGUUUGAUAAAUGGGGAGAUAUUCUUUGUGAGAAUCUAGUGGUUGAAGCAGAAAAGUUUUUCUGUCCUUUUAAGGACUGUUCAGCUCUGUUGAUGCGUGAUGGUGAAGAAGUUGUGACUUCAUCAGAGUGUCCACAUUGCCACAGACUGUGCUGCGCACAGUGCAGGGUUUCGUGGCAUGCAGGAAUGGACUGUGAGGAGUUUCAGAGGUCGAAAAGAGAGAAAGGAGAGAAUGGAGACUCGAUGGUGACGAAGCUUGCAAAGAAGAAAGGUUGGAGAAAAUGUCCAAAUUGCAGUUUUUAUGUAGAAAGAAUUGCAGGAUGCUCACGUAUAACUUGCAGCUUAAGGUCCAUGAGACAACUUAUAAAUAGAGAUCCAGGGCCACAAGCCAGGAAACCGAUCGGCCAAGACCGGCGUGACCGAACGACCCAGACAGAAGAAAGACGAACGACUCAGGCGGCCCAUCAAAGAACGAGCGGCAGAGUCAUCCAGAAGCGGCAAAGUCACGUGUCUCGGUCCCACAAGAAUAUCAAUCGAAACAUUUUGGCGUCCACCGUGAGGUUGAGAGCAAGCAGAAGACGCCCAGAUGGUGACCACGAGGAGCAUGGACGGACAACAGAAUACCAGAGAUUUGAUAGCGCAGAUGCAAGCACAGAUACCACAGGCAAGAACCAUACAGGCGCAGACGCAAGCACAACAAGGGAUGCAACGAAAACACGCAGAGGAGAUUGCGGCACUAAGGGCGAAAUGAGUCCAUACUAA